ACUCCUGGGAGUCUGUAGGAGACAUAACCUAGUACCUGUGUUUACCCAACCUACUGUUCUGUAGACAGUUUUCCCAUUGCCUCAGUUAAGGAUUUCCACUCCAGAAUCUGCAGCUAAAUGAGACAAUGAAACCAGUUCAUAAUGACAGAAAUGAACCUUGAGAUCAUGAUUUUGGAAGGAGCUGGCAGAAUGAGUAUCAAUUCCAGCAGCAAUCUACUCCACCAGCAGCCUUCCUGGACAGACGGAUAUUCCACAUGCAAUGUGUCCAGCAGCUUCUAUGGAACCCAGUGGCACGAAAUACACCCACAGUACUGGACUAAAUUUCAAGUCUGGGAGUGGCUGCAGCAUCUCCUUGAUACCAACCAACUGGAUGCCAACUGCAUACCUUUCCAAGAGUUUGAUAUCAACGGGGAACAUCUGUGCAGUAUGAGCCUGCAGGAAUUCACUCAGGCAGCUGGGACGGCAGGGCAACUGCUUUACAGCAACCUUCAGCACCUAAAAUGGAAUGGCCAGUGCGCAAGUGACAUGUACCAAUCUCAUAAUGUCAUUGUGAAGACAGAGCAAACAGAUCCAUCAUUAAUGGUGUCCUGGAAAGAAGAGAAUUAUCUAUACGACAGUGGCUAUGGUAGCACAGUAGAGCUAUUUGACAGUAAAACAUUCUGUCGUGCUCAGAUUUCCAUGACGACACCUAGUCACCAGCCUCCUGAUUCUUCAGAUGUGAAAAAAUCGCAAGAUCAUACCCCAAAGUCCCACACCAAGAAACACAACCCUCGAGGAACUCAUCUUUGGGAAUUUAUUCGAGAUAUUCUUCUCAGUCCUGAGAAAAACCCAGGAUUAAUCAAGUGGGAAGACCGGUCAGAAGGUGUCUUCAGAUUUUUAAAAUCCGAAGCUGUGGCUCAGCUAUGGGGAAAGAAGAAGAACAACAGCAGCAUGACUUAUGAGAAACUCAGUCGGGCUAUGAGAUACUAUUAUAAAAGAGAAAUCCUGGAGCGUGUGGAUGGUCGGAGAUUAGUGUAUAAAUUUGGAAAGAAUGCCCGUGGCUGGAGAGAAAAUGAGAAUUAAAUAUGUCAAGAAAUAACAUUAAAAACACCUGAAUGUAAAUAUUCAAAGACUAUUUUCUUAUAUUUAUGUACCAAACUGCGAUGAAAAACCAAUUCUACUUACGUUGGGAAGAAGGAACAUUAUCAUUAUUGGUAUUAAAAUUAUUUUAUUUUGAAGUAUGUCCUGUAUGGGGAAAACAUGUACACAGUUUUCUGUGAUAUAAGAUAACAUUAUAGAAUGAUGAUUAUUUUUCCCUUCUUGUGAAGUUUUUCUCUUUCUUUUUAAAUCAUACAGGCAUAAUGUGAUUUAUGACAAUGCUGUGAGUCAUGCAAAGAAAGGGAAGGAGCAAAAUACUAGGGCAUUUAGGGAGUAUGAUAAUCCACUGUGGAAGGCAACCGUAAGUAGUGGAAAUAUAAAGCAUCUCUGAGCCAAGUAGUCUUCCAUAGUCAGCUGAUUUAUAGCUUUCAUUGGCCAAUAUCACCUGUUCCUUCCCUCCUCUGAUGUCUGAGUGUUUUAACACUUUGCUGGCUUCCAGUUGCUUUUGUUGAGUCAGACUGUGGGUUCCUCUUCAGUUACUUAUCCCAGCCACAGAGAGCAGUGACUCUGCGAGGUGGCUGUCAGCAUUCAUUUGGAGAAUCCAUACUACCUCCACCGCUGGGACCUUCUUUUGUAGGCAGAAGUUUAGGAACUGACCUUGCCUGGUACUGAGUAUCCUCCCUAAUCUCCAAAGGGCAUUCAGCUUGUUCCACGAAAAGGGCUAUUUGUUUUUCACUAACAACUUUGAGGUGAACUGCAGGAAGAGAGUCAAUUUCAGAAGCUAUUGAAGGAAGAUGAUUGUUUUCUGACUGGGCAAACUUACUAAAAAGCACCAGUUUCCCAGUAGAAAUAUUAAUAGUCCUCCCACCCUCUCAUAUUCCUUAUUAAAGCAUUCAAAUCCAUGCUAUAUGAAGCAGUGAGGAGAUGGGCAAGCAGAACAUAUAUUAAUCCCAUAGCAUGAGGGAGCAGUCUCCCCAGUUCCUUCAAGUCAAAUGGUCCUCCUAGCAGGUCAAGUCUCACUUGAACAGGUACUUUCAAAAAACCUUUGAGAAAUGCAAAGCUCCAUUGCAUGUAAAAUAUUAGUUCCCUUUGCUUUUCUCAAGUCUAACUCUAUAUUUUAUUUGUAUUUGUCAGCUGUGCUUGGGAUUCUUAGUUGGAGAAAAAAACAUCAACAUAAGGACAGUGAGAUUUUGGGGACACUCAGAUCUAGGUCAGUAUUUUGGGCUCAUCUCUAGCAGUGCUAUACAGAGACUGAACAUUCAUUGGGGAAGUAAAAACUAGAGGAGGCAGCACUUUACCAGGUCACUGAGUACAUGAGAUGUGGGAGUUGAGAAACAGGAUCUUCUUGGUGAUGUUAACAGAGGUGAAACCAAGAUCAAUUCCAACUCACUUUUUCAGGGAUGGGGAAUUUGGAAAACAAUAACAGGGGCUGAGAAGUCCAGGACAAAAAAAAAAUUAAAAAAAAAAAAAAUUAAGAGUAUUAAAUCCAUCCAAUAUCCAUUUCCUCAGGUGUCCCCUGGAUUUGAAUCCAUAUUAGCUUGAAAUGCAGCAAGGUGCAGCUGGAGGUUGUAGAGUAUUCCAUUUUUUGUUUGUCUUAAAAGGAAAUAGAGAUGAAACCAAGAGACAACAGGGUAUCAAAUGUGCUUAGCAACAAUUUGUAGGCAAACAUGAGAGCCUAACUCAUUAUCUACACAUGUAGGGCAUGUCAAACAAUAACACCACCUCCUACACUGUGUAUGCCAGAGCUGUCACCAUCAAUUACCCAUACAUGACAAUUUUUACUUUUCAUAACCGGGGUGGAGAGAGAUUCCUCUUAUUUACAAAUCAAAUAAUAAGCCUCUGUACUUCAAAGAAUAUUUUUCUUUUCUUUCAGUCUCUUUUUUUUUAACUGACUGUGCUAGCCUUGCUUGCUUUUGCGCAACUCAAUAAUUUCAUUUUUUUUAUCUUGAUUAGCUACAUUCCACUUCUUUUACCAUCAUUUUGUAGUUCAUAUAACAAGAACCAGGCCACCAGGUGAGGAGAGCACCUUCACUUUGCUCCAAAGACUGUUCCUUUCUCCCACCUCACAGUCCUUUGCCCCAUGCUCUUCACCGUAUCCCCUCCCUUGUCCCCCCCAUUCCACACUUUGGGUGAAAAUCCAAAAUCAGUGGUAUCGUCGCAAAUCCACAGUACUGUUGUACCUUGUCUCAGGUUAACAAACAUCUUACAGCAACUGACUGCAAUAUCUUCAUAAAACUGCCUUCUACCAGAUCUCUCAUCAAACUUCUUGGGAGAUAACAUGAACUUGUGAUAUACACGUGUCACCACUUGGUUACCGAGCAGCAGCUAAACCUGCUUUUAAAGGUUUUGAAAGAUAAAGCUUUAUUUAGAAGUGUACUGUAUAAAUCUAGACAGUGAUUUGCAUUGGAGUGCAGUAUAAAUGCCAGUCUUCCACUAGCACGUCUUUCAGCACAUGGAAAUCAUGCAAGUUUCUAUUCCCACUCUGCAGAACUUUUCAGACUAGGUACUUGUCAUUCAACAUUACAAUAGCACAAAGUUGGAACAGAAACCAGCCAACAUUUACUCUGUUUUACAAAUAUAUUAACCUUUGCCUAAGACAAACACAAAGGACGGUUUAAAACUACAGUUCUUGCCAAGGAUAGAUGUGACAAACCAAAGGGAGUCUUUUUACCAGACCUAAGCAAAUGGAUAAAAUGAAGAGAUGAAUGUUUAUGUAAAUUACUAUGUAAACAAAAAAGCAUUUCUGAUUGCUCUUUUAUUUUAUAUUUCAGAGGCUGAGCAAUCAUAUUUUAAAUGUAUCCUUUAAGUUAGCAGCUGCUGAACUGGUAGCACCAUGUGUAUAGAUUUUUAUUGUACCAUAAUUUUUCAUAUGUAUAAAGCUCUAAAUAGGAAAGUAUAUUAUAUUUAUAUAGUUACAUGCAAAUCACAAUGUCAAAGGUGUUGGCACAAGCACUCUCAAAGUAUAUUUUCUGCACAAAAUUAGAGCAACUUACUCUAAAAACAUCCUGAGAAAUUGUAUGUAGGCUGGUGAACUACAUAGACAUUAAAAUGUUUAGUUACAUUUUCUUCUUUCUUUCUGCAGCACAUUGCAUAAUACUGCUUGCUUCUCACAGCAUCAUCUUCAACGUAUAUGUGUGGAUACAAAUCCACGUUAGAUAUUUCACUAUUGCCAUUGUAAAUCUCAGCUUGGAGACUAUGUAUCACAAAAUGGUUCUAAAGACUGUUUCUAUUUUUGUGGGUAUGAUAUAAAUUCAAAUAAAACUCAU